CUUCUUUUAUACCUGUAAUAUAUUUUUCCCCACUAUCUUUAUAUCCCCCCUUCUCAUAAAUCAACACAAUGGUCGAAGUACUUCAGGAUGAAAAUGUUUACACUCAAUCACAAACCGAUGCUAUAUUGUGCAGCGUCUACUACAUUUGGGCCUUCGUAGCCUUUAUUUUCCUACUCAACCGAAUAGCAAAAGAUAUCCACUUCCACAUCAAGAAUCCUUUCCGGAUAUCAGGAUUUUGCUGUAAUUUGUUGACGCUUGUGCAGGCCACAUUACUCGUAUAUUCCGUCGUUCGACUCCAAACGCCACGCUAUACAACCAUCGUUUUCUUUGUGUGUCGAAUGGUCUUUGUCCUGGUGACAUCUGCCAAUCAAGUCAUUACCGGCCGUUCACUUGGACAAUCGUAUCUGAGAGCUUGGUACUUGACCAUACCACUCUUCCUCAGUCUCCUCGCUUACUUGGCCGCUGAUCUUGCCUGUAUCAUUGUUGUCCCCGUAUACAACAUUGAUGCUGCUCCCAACUGGCUUUACAUAAUAGGUUCUGUCCUCUGCCUAGCCCAUCUAUUCCUUGCCAAUCUCUUCGCUCUUUUGCCACUUGUCCGACGUCAUCCCGACAAUGAAUUAGACGCUUUCAACUGUGGCACUAGUCUUUGGCACUUUACCUGUUUCUCUUUCCUUCUGCUCGCAUUCAUCGCUGCCUACAUCGUUUCCUUUGUACGCUCAGAUGUCUGGUAUACCAUUUCCUUUAUCUCCGUGGAGGGCAUUCUUCGAGUCUGCUGCCAGUUUGUCUAUGGCGCAAAGGCUCCCAAGUGGGCUCAAAAGACCUUCCUUACUCCCUUUGCAUCGCUCUUCCCUGUGGAAAUCACCUUCACACCUGAAGUCAUUGAACACCAAGUCACUCAAGAACAGGAGGAAAUGAGCAUUUGCUACGAUAAUAAGGGAGGAAAGCAUGUCCUCGCCUCAGUCACAUCUGUUUAGAGCUUUCCAUGUAUAUUUUGAACAACUGUAAAUAUUGCAAAUAUAUCCAUUUCACAAAAAAGAAACCACCAUGUCUGUUUGAGUUA